AUGGAAGACAAUCAAUCGUGCAUCAAGAUGACGAAGAAUCCUGUGAACCAUGGUCGGGCCAAGCACGUCAACACCAAGUACCACCACAGUCGCGAUGAAGUCAAGCGUGGUGAUGAUACGUUGGAGUACGGUGAGACUGCGAUGAUGAUGGCGGACAUCGUGACAAAGGGACUGCCAGGACCGCGUCACAGGGAAUUGACGGCAGCGCUUGGCAUACACGCGUGCUCGCAUUGA